UUCACACACACACGCACACACUCGCUAGAGCAGUGUUAGUAUGUGCAUAAUGAAAGUCCACGCUGGCUGCAGCAGGCUGUGCAUUUUCUAGUUGUUGGAAGAAUGUUUUCUUUUAAUUUAAUCUUUUGUCAUUUGACUCUUUUCUAAUGUGUGGAGGAUUAGCUUGGACGUGACGCAGCCAGGUCUCAUUAUGUCCCCUCAUCUCCCAUCAUCAUUUCACCGGAUCAUGUUGCAUUUCCUGUGCGCCGUCCUGCUGCUGUCAGCGCAAGUUCAUGGCCAAGGUCGUCUUAAGCUGUCGGUGCUGUCUGAAGACAGACUGCAGAUGAAAUGGAAGGAGGCCGACAGUCCCGUUCAGGCCUACAAAGUCCGAGUAAGACCCAUCUCAGACGUGCCACAGCCGGAGCUCAUGUUGACCACCACGCGGGGCCGGGCAACCGUGGCAGGACUAGACUCCGGUCAGGAAUACGCCCUCCAAAUCCUCAUGCUCAACGGGACCACGGAGAAACUUCUGGCAAAGCGACGAUUUACUUUGGAAGGUCUGCGGGAGGAGGAGAUGGUUCGCAGCGGCCAAAAGAGGAGGUUGCUGCCAGGUGGGUCGGGAUCUGGGGACCAGGAUGACGUAACGGAGGCUGUGGUGGGUUUGCCUCCAGUCCUCCUUCCAAACACAGUGGCCACGCCUGCUACUCGCGCUAAUGCAGAGCCAACAUCUACGGAAUCUUCCCCCACGGCCCCCUACGAGGCCCCAGACAAGUCCCCCAAAGACAAGUGGAAGAGGAAGAAAGACCGUUCCAAAGUGGAAAACAAGGAGAAGCAGAAGACCACAGCGGGCAAACAGAGCGAGGAGAAACCUCAGAAGAUACCUGCUCCUACUCAGACACUUCCAGGGGCGUUUCCGAGGAAACCGUUCGAGUGCGACACUGAGGCCGCAGCAGACAUCGUGUUUUUGGUGGACGGCUCAUGGAGCAUCGGACGCACAAACUUCAGGCGAGUCCGGGACUUCUUGGAGGGACUGAUGACGCCCUUUCGCAUCGGACCCAACCACGUUCAGAUUGGCCUGACUCAGUACAGUGGAGACCCUCGUACAGAAUGGCAGCUCAACAACUUCACCACCAAACAACAGCUGGUGGAGGCAGUAAGAAACUUCAGAUACAAGGGAGGAAACACUUUUACAGGCCAGGCGCUGCUCCACGUCAUGGAGGAGAACAUGAGAGCCGAGUCAGGCGCCAGGUCGGACACGCCCUUUUUUGUGGUCCUCCUGACGGAUGGUAAAUCUCAGGACGAUGCUAUCGCGGCCGCAAAGCGCCUGAAGAAUGGCGGCGUGGAGAUCAUCGCUGUAGGAGUGAAAAACGCGGAUGAAGCCGAGCUGAGACACGUGGCUUCAGAGCCUGUGGACCUCAACGUCUACAACGUCAACGACUUCCCUCUGCUCAGCAGACUGGUGACCCGACUGGUGCACAUUCUGUGUGGGAGGAUAGCAGAUCGCGGCGUCAUAAAGCACGUAGAAGCAGAGCCCACUGUAGACCCGGUCCUCUCAUACCCGAGUCCCACUGACCUCCGCUUCUCCGAGCUGGGCUCCAGAGAGGUGACGUUACACUGGACCAACCCGGCCAAGCCUGUCCAGCAGUACCGGGUGGUUUACCACAGCGCAGAGGGACAAAGUGCUCAGGAGGUGGUGUUGGCCGGCUCACAUUCCUCCGUGCUGCUCCAAGGCCUCGCCUCGCAGACGCUUUAUCAUGUGUCCAUCUUCCCAGUGUAUGAGCACGAUGUUGGCCUCGCACUCAGAGGGACUGUCACCACAUUCCCACUCUCCAUGCCAAGCAGCCUGGAGGUGACUCCAACCUCCUAUAGCACGCUGCGAGUGAGCUGGGGUGCGGCAUCCGAGGCUACAGAGUACAUGGUCCUCUACUCGGCACUGGACCACGGGGAGCCCGACGACGCCAAAGAGGAGAAAUUUGCUGCGGAGAAGACCAUGAUGGAGCUCAGCGGCUUACUUCCUGCCACCGACUACUCUGUCACUCUUUAUGCUCUCUACCAUGAAGACUCCAGCGACCCUGUCACUGCUGUCGCCACCACAUUGCCUCUCCCUCCUCCUGUGAGCGUACACUUUCCGAUGGUGACCCACAGCAUGCUAAGGGUGAACUGGGUUUCUGGCGCCGUGGACGUGCCUGGACACAGAAUCACUUACAGCACCAACCAUGGCAGUGAAGUCAAGCAGGUGGAGGUAACAGGACAGAACUCACUGCUGGUGCAAAACCUGUCUUCGCUGUCCAAAUAUCUGGUGUCAGUCCAAUCUCACUACCCACAAGGCCUUUCUGCAGCCCUCACCAGUAACGUCAGCACCUUGAAGGUGCCCUCCCCGUCAGACCUGAGGGUGACCAAUUUCUCUAGCAGCGACAUCACAGUACGCUGGGAGGCUGCCACCGAUGACGUUGUCUCCUACCUCAUAAAGUGGAUCUCGCUCAGCGGAGGUGACUUGAGACAGCUGAAAGUCAGUGGUGAAAGUGAGGGCGCCAUCUUGGAGGGUGUGGAGGACGACAAGGAGUACCAGAUCUCUCUGUCGGCGUUGUACGACGACGGCGCUCAAAGUGAAGCCGUGGCCAUACGCUACAGCACCAUUUCUGGAGGAGGUCCGUCCAGCGUGUCCGUCUCUGAAGAGACGCCGAUCAGCCUAAUGGUCAGCUGGGUCCCCCCCAACUCUCACGUCCUGCAGUAUCGCGUCUCUUACACCGCGCUGACAGGAGCAGACCACCAGGACGGCGCUGUGUUGGUCCCAGGUGGUGAAAACCACGUGGUGCUGGACUCCUUACAGCCCGACACAAGAUACAGCAUCCUGGUCACUGCAGAGUACCGCAACAAAGAGGGAGGCAGUGUUUCAGCUCAGGGAAAAACCACCAGUCUGCGAGUAAGCAGCGUGAGUGUCGUGCGGUCAGGCCACUCCAGUAUUUGUGUGUCCUGGAGGCCUCUGUCAGUGGUGGACGGAUACCGUAUCGUCCUUCAGUCUGCCAAAGAUAAAAGCACCAUGGAAGAAAGAGUGGACCAAAGCAGCAGGAGUCAGUGUUUCACCGAGCUGCAGCCAGAGACGCUUUACCGCAUCAGCGUGCACUCCCUUCUCAGCUCAGCAGAGGGCGCCGCCGUCUCCAUCCUGCAUCCAACAGCUCAAACCCAGGAUACAAUUCCAAUCAACCCUCGGCUGUACACUGUUCACAACGAAGUGUGUCCUGAGGUCACCAUCAGAAACAGCAUCGUUAAAGGCUUUGACAUGAUGGAAGCGUUCGGCCUGACUCCUCAAGCGCACUCGUCCGUGGAGGGUGUCGCUGCAGAGCCUUUUGUCUUCAACACGCUGCCCACCUACACUUUGUAUCCAGACAUCCAGCUGACACAGAGCACCAAGUUCAUCCACCCUGUGGGAUUCUCUCCUGAACACACCGUCAGCAUCGCCUUCCGUCUGCUGCAGGACACGCCCAAGGAAGCGUUCGCCCUUUGGCAGCUCACCGACACACACUUCCAGCCCAAAAUGGGUCUGGUGCUGGACCCCUCCAGAAAGCAUCUAGUCUACUUUAGUCUGGAUUACAGAGGAGAAGUGCAGGAGUUGACCUUUGACCAGCCUCAGGUCCACAAGCUUUUCUAUGGUAGUUUUCACAAGCUGCACCUGUCAGUCAGCCAGGUGGGCGUGUCCUUGUCCGUGGAUUGCCAGCGUGUGGGCGAGAGGCCCGCUCGCCCUCUGGGCAACCUGCCCACUGAUGGCUUCGAGAUGCUGGGAAAGCUAGUGAGGAGUACAGGGCCCAAAAGUGGAUCUGCACCGUUCCAGUUGCAGUCGUUUGAGAUAGUUUGUAACACAACGUGGGCUGCAGAAGACACCUGCUGUGACCUGCCAGGAGUGAGAGAUGAAGAAAGUUGUCCUCCUCCACCCUACGCGUGUACGUGUUCCUCUGACGUUCCAGGAGCUGCUGGUUCCCUCGGACCACCUGGCAAGCCCGGACCCCGCGGUGUGAAAGGAGACAAGGGUGAAGCGGGUCACAAGGGGGAGAUGGGUCCUGCAGGAAGAUCUGGGCUUGAUGGCGGUCUUGGAGCAGAGGGCAGUAGAGGUCCCAUAGGGAUGUCAGUGCAAGGCAAAAUAGGCCCACCUGGGGAAAGAGGCCUAAAGGGAGACGCUGGGAGACCUGGACUUCAGGGUGUACCAGGACUUCAAGGCCCAAAGGGGGAAGAGGGUCCCCCGGGCCCCAAGGGUAUACGCGGUGUUGAAGGCAACAUGGGUCCCACUGGCCCUACUGGUCCCAGGGGUUUCCAAGGCAUGCCAGGACACCCAGGACCCACUGGAGAGAGAGGCUACUUUGGACCUGUCGGGCCUUCAGGUCUUCCUGGUAAUAAAGGGGAACAUGGAGAGAAGGGAGAACCUCAGUCUAUGGCCGUCAUCUUUCAGCUUGUCACUGAGGCGUGUGAACAACUGGUUCACAAGGAGGUGUUGAAGAUGGACGCGUUCAUCAAUGAGAUGAGUCGUAAGACCGCUCCUGUGGAGGAUCCCGUCGGGCCCCCGGGGGAACCGGGAAUACCGGGUUCCAGCGGCUCACCGGGCACCAGGGGCAACCAAGGGAACGUUGGCCCCCAGGGGAGACCUGGCAGGCCCGGUUAUCCUGGAGAACAAGGGAGACUGGGAAUGCCAGGGGGGAAAGGUGACGUCGGGGUUAAAGUCCAGGGGCCUUCAGGUGUCAACGGUCAUGCAGGUCCUCCAGGUGAGUCCAGGAUCGGGCCCCUAGGUGCCAAAGGAAAUGAUGGAAAGCCGGGACCACCGGGGAUCAGUGGACCUCCUGGCCAACCGGGAGAGAUGGGACCUGCAGGAGCGUGUGACAGCAGUGGAGGCUGCCAGAGGGCUCCUCAGCAGACAGAUCCUUACUACGGCUACCAGCCUUGAGUUUACAUUGACGGUGCUGGACUACAUUGACUGGACCUCAGCUCAGCACAGCAUCUUGAAGCAGUUGUUGCUGUGUUGGACUGAUGCAGCGCUCCCAAGCGAAAUUAAAGCAGAAGGACCAGUCUGUUGUCCCAAAAAUGAGGUGGAAAAUAAGAAAUGAUGGUGCUGUUGGAUAAAUAUAUUUUAAGCCAUGUUCGCACUGAAGCCUUUUCUUAUGUUUAUAUCGCCAUGCACUGUAUUGAGUCUCCUUUUUGUUUGCAUUCUAACCUGACCUGCCUCAGAAACAAUGACAACACAUAAUCCAUGGUGUAAAGCUUUUAUAUUACAAUCCAUGGUAUAAACGACUGUGAGUACGUUGUACAUGACAAUAUGUAUAUUAUUAUAUUAACUGUACACAGUCAUGUAUGUUCUUUUGUAAGUAUCUUCAUCCUUUUUUAUGUAUGUUUCAAUUCAAAUAAAAUGUAUUU